AUGCCCGCUGCUGUUGUAUCGGACUCCGGGAGGAUGGACGGUGUGUCGUUGGGACAUUGUGAAAGUCCUGAUAACACACAGUACUGUACAUGCAAUCAUCACUUUCCUGACCAACGAUGUAAACCAAGUAAAUGUCCCGUUAUAUCAGUUCUGGGUGAUGUUUCCUUCCUGACACCUGCUCUCAGUCUGGUGGCCACACCGGCCUCGCCACGUCCAAACUGCAACACGGACUCAGAGGAGGACACGAUGAAUGGAGGGAUGCACACCUUCAACCAGACGCACAUGAGGAAAGCUUUCCAGCUGAUGGAUGACCUGAGGAGUAAAAAGAUGCUGUGUGACGUCCAGCUAGUUGCAGGGAGCGUUGAAGUGCCGGCUCACAGGGUUGUCCUGGCGUCCUGUAGCCCCUACUUCUGUGCCAUGUUCACAGGUGAUAUGAGUGAGAGCAAAGCCCAUCAGGUGGAGAUCAGAGAGGUGGACGGACAGACCCUGAGGAAGCUGGUGGACUACAUCUACACCGCUGAAAUAGAAGUCACAGAGGACAACGUCCAGGUUCUGCUGCCAGCAGCCAGCCUCCUCCAGCUGAUGGAUGUUCGUCAGGUUUGCUGUGAGUUCCUGCAGUCUCAGCUUCACCCCACCAACUGUCUGGGCAUCAGAGCCUUCGCUGACCUGCACACAUGCACGCAGCUUCUCGACCAGGCCCACGCGUACGCCGAGCAGCAUUUCACGGAGGUGGUGCAGGGAGAGGAGUUCCUAGGCCUUUCUCUGCAGCAGGUGUGCAGCCUAAUCUCCUGCGACAAACUGACUGUUUCCACAGAGGAGAAGGUAUUUGAGGCAAUGAUAUCUUGGAUCAAGUACGAUAAGCCAGCUCGUCUGGAGUACAUGCCCAAACUGAUGGAGCAUGUCAGACUUCCACUACUGUCCAGGGAUUACCUGGUUCAGAUCGUCGAGGAAGAAGCUUUGAUAAAGAACAACAACACCUGUAAAGAUUUCCUCAUAGAAGCGAUGAAGUAUCACCUGCUGCCUGCUGACCAGCGGCACCUCAUCAAGACGGACCGGACUCGACCACGAACUCCGAUCAGCAUCCCAAAAGUGAUGAUUGUGGUGGGCGGUCAGGCUCCGAAGGCGAUCCGCAGUGUGGAGUGUUACGACUUCCAGGAAGAUCGAUGGUACCAGGUAGCAGACCUGCCUUCAAGACGCUGCCGGGCAGGUGUGGUUUCCAUGGCGGGCCGUGUGUAUGCAGUCGGGGGGUUCAACAGUUCGCUGCGGGAGCGAACGGUGGACGUGUACGACGGCGUGAGAGACCAGUGGAGUGUGGUGGCGAGCAUGCAGGAGAGACGCAGCACACUGGGAGCUGCUGUUCUGGGAGAUUUACUGUAUGCUGUGGGGGGCUUCAACGGCAGUAUAGGUUUGUCAACAGUAGAAGCCCACAAUUAUAAAACCAACGAGUGGAUUUAUGUCUCCUCCAUGAAUACCAGACGCAGCAGUGUGGGCGUGGGAGUGGUCGACGGUAAGUUGUAUGCAGUCGGAGGCUAUGAUGGAGCAUCCCGUCAGUGUCUCAGUACAGUGGAAGAGUACGACCCUGUCGCCGAUCAGUGGUGCUACGUAGCUGACAUGAGCACACGACGCAGUGGAGCAGGGGUCGGUGUGUUGAGCGGCCAGCUGUACGCGGCAGGAGGCCAUGACGGUCCUCUGGUGAGGAAGAGCGUCGAGGUGUACGACCCGCAGACCAACAGCUGGAGAUUGGUCUGUGACAUGAACAUGUGCCGACGAAACGCAGGCGUCUGUGCCAUCAACGGGCUGCUGUACGUGAUCGGAGGAGACGACGGCUCCUGUAAUCUCUCCUCUGUCGAGUAUUACAACCCGGCCAUAGACAAGUGGAGCCUCAUUCCCACAAACAUGAGCAACGGACGCAGCUACGCAGGAGUCGCAGUGAUUGACAAGCCUUUAUGACCGGGGGCCUCCCGCAGCAUCAGCUCUGCGUCGGCAGCCGCUUUCACAGAGACUCGCACCGACGCCUGAACUCGACACGCAGACGGAGAAGCGACGCGUGUCCUCGAGCCUCAGCUGACUGAAUCAAGGAUUCAUCUUGAUUUUGUCGCUUAUGUCCAUUUCGAUCCUGACUUUUAAACGGACGCUGUUACACUGGAUAAGAAACGAGAUCCACAGGAUAGUGGGCUUAUAUGGAAUUUGUCUUGGCGAAUGUUUUAUAUGCCAAGCACAUAACAAGUGGCUGUAUCAGCUGACACGAGACUCGCUCUGACGCUGAUGUUGGAGCCAAACGCUUUAGAUGCUCAGUGGUGUUCAUGUGAUGGACCUUAUCAAACUAAAUACUUUAAAACACCAGCUUGCUGAUUUCUGGCUGCCUUCUGUGUUAACGAUGUUGCUGCGAUGUUGCUGCGAUUGCUGCGAUGCUGCGACACUGGCCUGUGAAGGAGCGUUAUCCAAAAUCGUGCAAACCUGGGCACGCCGUGGGAAACCUUUUUGUUUGUUUUAUUAUUAUGAGACUUGCCACAGUUCCUGGAAUAUAAAUCGGCUCAUGGCAACUUGCUUCAGAGAAAGAAGUUGUUCGAUUCUUGUGCCGGAGCUGCAAGACACUUUAAAGAAUGUAGAAGACAUCUUAUAUGCAAAUCAGCUAUCAUCAUAUUUAAUAUUUUUGAGACUGUUUUUAAGGAGGUUGAGAACCACUUGGAGUCUGUCGUGGACACACUACUGAUGCACUGAUCACUUGCACUGACUGACGGCGGGCAGGCCGGACGUCUGCCCGUCUGUCUGACUGACCUGCUGUCAGACAGACGGCUGCUCGGCUGUCUGUCUCCAUUACUGAUCGUACUCAAGGGAGCAUCUAAACUCGCCACUCAAAGGCCAAUAAUUUCAUCAGAAAUUGUAAAACAAAAGAAGAAAAGUGCCAGUUAUGCUGAGCAGAAUAAUGCUGGAGUCACAUGUUGUUUUUAUCUCUUCGUCACAAACAGAAGAGAUAAAUAGUUUCCGUUUGUUGUCUAAGGACGAGUGUCAAAACGCAUUGUAGAAAUUCAACUGUAAAAUGUAAAAUGCAGGUUUAAGACUUUCUAUUUAUUGUUAUGGGACGUUUGAUCACAUGGCAUUUAUUCUUAUCAAAGUAAGGUUUUCAUUUCAUUUUCUCAGCCUCAUGUUACACGUGUGCUCCUCUCGCAGUCGCCCGGACGAUGGUGGGUGUGUUUUAAAUGUACUUACUUAGUUGACUGACUGGUGCCAUAGCUUUUUGAAGAAAAAGAGAUUUAUAGAAGCUGCUUUAUGAAAGUUCUCUGCUGAACUUUUAAUUUCUGCCUGCAAUCUUCCAUAAAUCAUGGACGCGAUCGACCGUUGCUUCAAAGCCCUCUAACAAAAAGUAUAUAAAAUACUUAAAGGACCAUACCGUUGUUUUUGUACGUUACAAGUCGUAUGUACUGCAUUAGUCCCACCUCAUACAUUUAGAUUAAUGAAUGUGUUUAUGUGUUCCAGGAAGUUAUUUCUAUAUAAUUACUAGAAACUCGAGAUGCUGUUACAAUAUUUCCAGGGAUUCUCCACGCGUGGACUUGGAGCUCACAGUUUAGAAUAAGUGCAACGGCAACAUUUUGACGUGCUUCACGACGAAGACCCGAAGCUCUCAACUGUGCGCUCCAAACUCUCCCAAAGCACAACGAUACACGUUUGACAUUUAUCUUUGUGCAGUAAUGCAGGGGUUGUGUGGUGCGUUCAUGCGUCUGCAGGUGGGUCAGAUUAUCACAAUCUAAAAGACUAAACAACAGGUAAACAUGGAGUGAUGAUCAAGUGUUGUUCUGUUUGAAAGCAGUUUCCUACAUUAGAGACUCAAUAGUUACUAAUAAUACACACUCGGACACUUAAGUCAUCGUCAUUAAUGAUGGAGUGUCCUAUCAAAGUGUUAACCUUAAACUCAUUGUGGGAUUAUUCUCGAGGGCACUAAAUACAUUUUAGAUGGCAGACUGCACUUACAGGAUGAUUUUAAGUCUGACCCCCACCAGAGGGAGAACCUGUUUCUAAACAAUCAAUACUUCACUGCAUUACUGCUUCUUAAAAUAAAAGCUACUCAUAGUUCAAGUCUCGAUCAGCUUGAUGAAAUGGAAACCAGUGGCUGCCUGGACCAUUUGGGGGAAAUGCAUUUUUAAGUCUUGAAACGCUGUUAUACUGUGCACAAUAAAAACAGGAAGUUACGACUAUAUGCAAUUUGAUGUGGACGGGAUAAAACAUCCAAAACAAACACAGCAGUAUGGUUGAGGGUCAAAGACAAAACGAUUUCCCCCUCGAGGUCCGUUUAGUAGCUUUCCUGGAGCUCUUGACUCACACAGCCUUCGUUAGCACAUUUCAAUGAGGAGUUAACUGGACACUCGAAAGCUCCAGAAUAGCUACUAAAUGGACCUUUUUUUGUGAAGAGGUAUGGUAUGGAAGUUUUCUGAUGAAUAAUAUUCUUACUAAGCGCAGAUGUUAUAUUUUUAAUAUCAUAAACUGUGGAUGUUGUGAACUAAAACAUUUGAUAUUGAGUUCAUUAAUUGUCGUGUGUUUUGGAGGUCGUGUGGUUUGUGAACUUUCAUACAUUUGUAGCUGAAGCUUGUGUUCUGAACAUACAGGUGAUUUGUAAACCUUCAAACUUGAAUGAACUAAACACACUAAGCAGGCUUACUUUGCAAUAAUGCUUUAAA